AUGGCGACCAAAGACGAGGAAGACAGCUUGGUCCUCAAUACAACCAUGGAUUCUGUUGCAGCUUCCAAAAUAACAAGAAUCAUGCAAGAACAACUGUUUGAUCUAUUUCCAAUUGUUUUCCAUGUAGCAACGAUAAUUUCGAAAAUACGUGGAUGGGUAAAGGAGGUCAAAGUACUUGGGAGUGUAGGGGAAGGUUUGGUCUACUUUGGUCUGUUUACUGGCACCGAAAGUGAUGGCGACUUUAUGAUGGUAAGCGAAAACUCUCUCGCGUAUGAACACUGUUGCGUUCAAGUUCCACUAUCCUACUGGCUUUUUCAAAUACAACCUUGUACAUCUAAUUCUGGGUAUGUCAGGCUCCGCUUAAAAAGGAAGGGAAACGUCAGACUCUUCAAUACAACUCUAUUUGAUACGGCGUCAUUAUUUGAAUAUGAUAAACAAUCGGAUAGUAGUUAUUUAACCAAUGAACUCACAUCGCAUGCAACUCCGCUGGUACAAAAUAUGUGUUUUGCUUUACCUAGUAUCAAGGUCAGAGAUUCCUACACCAAAAUAGUCAAUUCGGGGCCUUGCAUCACCUUGUCAAACGCUAGCGUAUGUCCGAAAAUGGGACCUAAAGAUGACUUGGACAUGGUCAUAGGAAUAGAGUGUCCUGAAUGGCCAUCAGUGGCUAUGGAAUGGAUAUCGCGGGAAAGGUUCAGCGGAUAUCCAUCACGGGAAUUCAUAGAUCAACAGGUUUCGCGUGGUUGUUACUUAAUUCCAGUUGGUUGUAAAGAAUGCAAACAAACACAUUUAGAUUGGAGAAUUUCGUUUGCUCAUAUCGAACAAUCAAUAGUCCACAAUAUGAAUGAAACCCAGUUGAACUGCUUAUUAUUGCUUCGGCAGCUUAAGAAAUUCUUAUUUGAAGUCAAAAUUCCGAAGGUGAUUACCUCUUACAUCAUCAAGACAACAGUCUUCUGGACUAUAGAGGAAUCAUCUCCAGAUCUGUGGCAACGACGCAGAUUGCUAACGGCAGUUAAAGUGUGCCUGAACAAAUUGAUCACGUUCAUACAGAACGGCUUCUGUCCACAUUACUUCAUCAGGACUUGUAACUUGCUGAUUCGGAGAUGUUCUCCUUCGAAUAAGAGCAUGGUCUUGCAAACUUGUUUGGAAGCCAGGCGCAAUCCAAUGAAAAUAUUGUGUCAAACCCCUCCGUUCGUACAAGAGAUACCUCUCCAACGCUCGCAACAUCAACUGUCCUCAGAAUACUCUGAGCAGUGGGUAUUCGACGUCAUUGAAGAAUUCUUUGCAACAGCGUGUCCGUCACUGAUGACACAGUUCAUAAUAAAUCAUAUAUGUUUGUGCCUACAGUUACAGCUAUCUCAAAAAGACUCGACAGAAGAGGUACAGCUUUACUGUAUGACUUUGAUAGAGGAGAUUAAUGAUUUCUGUAGCAGUUACACAGGUAAAUGUAAACAGGAAGUGGGUAUAAUUCAAAAGCAGAUACAUCAAUUCGUAAAACGGCUGCUUAUGACAGGUAAGCUUGAUGCCCGUUCACUUCCUAACGAUGUAAAUGAAGAGGAUGUGAAUGACAUCGCUAACAUCUGUCACUUACUUGUAGUUACUGAAAACUACAGCAGAUGCCAUGAUAUACUCUCGAGGUUCCUCAAUGCUCAAAAGCACACAUUGUAUAAAAGGCUGAUACACCAAGGAUUAAUCGCUACUGGAUCUGAUUUCAACACUAAAAAAGCAAUGUUUAAUGCUCUUCUACUGCUCACCAGUGAUAAAACAUUAAACAUAACAGAUUUGAUAAUUUUGCAAAUAGAAGAGAACACUGUUCCAAUCCCACUUCAAAUCGAACUUAACCCGAUUCCGAUAGGUAGACCGGAAGUUGAUACAUUGCCCGGAAAUAGACCAACCAUCCUUGUAGAUCCACUCGUAUACUUGUGUUUUCUGAAGUUCUGGUGCAGCAUGAAAAUGGAUCAAAAUAUUGAGAAGCUGAGGGCCCGAGACGAUAUGGUGUGGUGUUGUGGUCUGAUUAACAUAUCUGAGAAAUCAGUGGCCUUUAACCUAUUGGCGUUCUGUCACAUUCAGCUCCAGGAGUAUGAAGAGGCGUUUGCGGUACUCUGUCGGGCGUACAGGGAGAAACCAGUGAAUUGUUCGACAUUGAUUCAUAUUGCAAAUCUUGUUAAUAACAAACUUCACAUGUAA